UAGAAUUAUUGCUCCGGUUUUUUUCUCGAAGCGGUGUCUAGAGUGGUACCGGCCUCUGGUCUAUCACUUUCUGCGUCCUCUCUUCUUUGUUUCCUAAGGCGGCAGUCUGAGGUAUAGACUGAAGUACUUUCUUCCCGUCUCUUUCUCAAAAUCAUCUCUGCUAUUCCUGGAAUUCCAUACUGCGAAUCGGGUGCUCUGGCGAAAUCCAAACAUGGCUCCCGGUAUAGGAAGCACUUUACCAACGGAGAGUGUCUCUAUCCUAGAAGAAAAGCCUUCCAAUACAAGAUCGACAUCUCUCUUCCACCAUAGUCUGGUGACUUCCGACUUUGACGCGCUCAAAUUCCACGCCGCAGCGUCGUUGCAGCUUCAAUCUGGCCAGAAGCAUGAAUCCGCAGCAUGGACAGACCACAGACUCAUUUCAUCUCCGUAUAACGAACCCGCACACCUCUUAGAUCUCAAGAGACUAGACACACCGAAUCGACUAUUUGCCAAAGCCUUGACGAUUCUCAAGCCCAUUCAGUACGACUACGCAACUGCAGAGUAUACGCAGUCAUUCAACUGGGUCGCUGUCUUUGAACUCCUGCGUGCCCUGUCUGAUGCAGAGGGCUACGAGUGGAAGAAGCGGGAAUUUUACGUUGUUGUAUUCCGGUCCGUUCUGCGUGCAGAUGCGGAUCUGGAGUAUUUGCAUCAGCUGGAUGCUCAUUCUCAUGCUGAAGCGACGACUAGUGGUGGUCUGUUGAAGUAUUGGUUCGGUACGAAGAAUGAAAAUCGGAGGAAUUUGGCAACUUGCCUAUGGCGGAAUAGAGAAGACGCUCGACUCGGAGGGCUAGGUCCAUGGCAUAAAAAAGCCAGGGCUGCAGCCCGAGACAUGUAUGAGCAGAUUGUCUUCACGACGCUGAAAUUAACUAUCGACGAUGACGUCUCGUCGUGGAAUUUCAGCGACUGGACAGAGGAGUAAGCUGUUCUGUUGUGUUGGCAGCUGAUGAGAUUGAAAUUAACCCGUACUUUUGUUCUUUUUGUU